AGCAGACACUGAACAACUCAAGAAAAUGUCCCACAUGUUUAUUUUGUUCUGUUUGUACUGGUGGUGUUUUAUCGGUUCAUCAGGUGUGUUUGGUGAGUCAGUGUCAGUGAUAGAGGGAGAUUCUGUCAAUCUAAACUCUGAUCUUACUGAAAUACAUGAAGAUGAUUAUAUACUGUGGAAAUUUGGAGCCGCAAACUCUCUGAUAGCUGAAAUCAAUAUAGAAAAACGAGUCUUCUCCACAUUUGAUGGUCCUGUUGGGAGAUUCAGAGACAGACUGAAGCUGGACAAACAGACUGGAUCUCUGACCAUUACAAACAUCACAAAUGAACAUGAUGGACACUAUGAACUAGAGAUAGAUGGACCUAGGUGGACAACAAAGACAUUCAGUGUUUCUGUCUAUGCUCAUCUGCCUGUUCCUGUCAUUAUCAGAGAUUAUUCACAAAAUCUUUCAUCAUCAUCACAACAAAACUGUUCAUUGUUGUGUUCAGUGGUGAAUGUGGGUCACGUGACUCUCUCCUGGUACAAAGGAAACAGUUUAUUGUCCAGCAUCAGUGUGUCUGAUCUCAGUAUCAGUCUCUCUCUACCUCUGGAGGUGGAAUAUCAGGAUAAAAACACCUACAGCUGUGUGAUCAACAAUCUCAUCAGCAAGCAGAUGAAACAUCUCAACAUCACUCAACUCUGCCAGAUUCACUCAGAUCAGGGCCUACCCUUGUUUUACAUAGUGCUGAUCUCUGCUGCAGUUGGCUUUCUGUUGAUUGUAGCUGCAGUCAUGAUGUGCUGCAUCUGCAGGAAAUGCAGAAAAACAGUUCAGAUACAGGAGGAAGAAAGAACUGGUUCAGCAUUGUGUAAACCAAAACAGCGAAAAAUGAAAUCAAUGACAGAGACUGUGUAUGAAAAUGUCCCCAAGAAACAAUGACCACAUAGUGCAACUAAAGUUAGAGCUCUUAUAGACCUUUUGGUUUUGUUUACACUGUACAGAAUGUCCAUAUUUGUUUUCUCACAUUGUUUUUUUUGGCAAACACACACUUCCAUGCACAUUUUCUAAUGUUAAAAUGCUGAUGCUCUGUAUUAGUUGCAUUUAGUGGUACACAAAUAUCACCCAAAAACACAAAUACAAAAUUCUAUUUUUAGCUUAUAUGAAAAUGUAAAAAAUCUAAAUGAUUAAAUAUUGAUCAUACCUUCACAGUGCUCUUGUUUUUUGUUUGUUUGUUUUUUUUUGCUUUGCAUUGUGUUUUUAAACCUGCCUUGCCUGUACUGUAUAUUUGUAUCUCUCCCCUUAUCUAGCACACCUGCUUCAGCCUGUUCACUGUUCACAACAACAGCAUUUUGGGUGCCUGAAAUUGCGAAGUGCAAACUCUUGGAAACUGGUUUCAUGUGCAUGUACGUGCACCAACUACUGGCCUAGCAUGCAUAAUGCAGUGUUCUUAGUCUGACUUUUGUGGACUUGGAUUUUGUCAAUAUCAUCUGUAUGCAAAACUAUACUCCAAAAUGCAAAAGCAAUUUUUUACAUUUUCAGUACAGUCACUGUAAUGUACUACUACCAAUGCUCCUCCAUCCUUUAGCCCAGUGGUUCUCAACUCACCCACUGCGCUGCACAUUUUGUAUGUCUCCCUCAUUUAACACACCUGAUUCAGAUCAUCAGCUCUUUAGGAGAAAGAUCCAUGAACUGAACUCUGAGUGUGUCAGAUUCAGAAAACAUACAAAAUGUGCAGAGCAGUGGGCCCUGAGGACUGGUCCCACUGCUUUAGCCCAUGCCCCAGAUAUUAAAGUGAGCCAAUCUUGGACAGGAAUGAGGAAUGAGGAGUUGGGAAGCUUCCAGAGGAGUGAUGAACAAGUAUACACAAGUUAAUUAUAUGCAAAGUCUUUCUUGUUGAAAAACCUGAUGCACAUAUAAAUUCUCCUUUCCUUCACAUCCAUCACAAUAAUUAUAAUUUAUGUUUUACCAUUGCAGUUUAAAAAACAAACACAAACAAAAAAAAAAAAAACAUAUUUAAAAUAGUUUAAAAGGGGACCUUGCUUUAUAAAUAAUUAUUUUAGAUUUCUUAUCCUAACAUUAAUGUAAGUGCAGAUCCCUUGAACACAGCUGAAGAUAUUUUGAAGUGACUCUUGAGUAACAAACAAUGUAAAUAAAUAUUCAAAUUUAUUUUCUCUCCUCGCAUACUUCACUUGUGUUCCAAUGGGUUGAGAGCUAC